AUGGUUUUUGGUUUUUCGUUAUAUGAAGGGAAGAAUUUCAGCACUGGUUGUAUGACAACUUGUUCAAGAGGUCAGGAUGUGAGCAAUAAUGGGACAUGUUCCGGGAUUGGUUGUUGUCAAGCCGCGAUCCCUAAGGGGUUGACGAUUUAUUUAGGUUUUGUAAAUAGCCCCGGAAACCACACUAAUGUAUGGUCCUUUAACCCUUGUAGCUACGCGUUCCUUGGCGAUCAUGAAAAGUUCACAUUUAGGGGUACAUCAGACUUCAUGGACCCAAACUUUGUGAACAGAAUAGUGAAUGACGUUCCUAUUGUGAUUGACUGGGCAAUUGGGACUAAAAAUUGCAGUGUGGUAAGAAACUCAACAACUUAUUCAUGUAUGGAACAUAGUCUAUGUGUUGAUUCUGAAAGUGGACGUGGAGGUUAUCGUUGCAUUUGUGAGGAAGGAUAUGGUGGAAAUCCUUAUCUUAGUCCAGGUUGUCAAGAUAUCGAUGAGUGUGCAACGAGCCCUUGUGAUGGAAUUUACAAAAACACUCCAGGAGGGUUUGAGUGUUCGUGUCCGAAGGGAUAUUUUGGCUAUGGAAAGAAGGGACGUGGUUGCCAGAAGGAGCAUGAUUUCCCCAUCUUAAAGUUAUCUUGUUUAGGUCUUGGAUUGUUGUCAAUACUGCAAAUGCCAUCCAAUUUAAACAAAGUGUUUACGAUAGAAGAGCUUGAACAAGCCACAAACAAUUUCUCAGAAGAUGAGAUUCUUGGAGAAGGCGGAAAUGGUGUAGUUUACAAAGGUGUUCUACCAGAUCAACGCGUAGUUGCAAUCAAGAAAUCAAAACCAAAUAGAAGAGUUUAUAAAUGA